UGGCAUGCAUGCAGCCACGUCACGGCGCGGCGUGUCCUCCUCUCCUCCUCACACGAAACUUCAUCUCACGUAUAUAUAUAGUUAUAUAGUGCAGGGCACCGCAGUGACGACGAGGCGUACACGGAUCGUUGAGGCAGAGGCACACCCGCACCAGUCACUCAGCUCAUCCAUAGGCCGUAGCGAGGUAGGAUAUCAACAGGAGCCAUGGCGACGAGCAAGGAGGACAUCAAGCACGGCACGGCCCAGGCGAGGUUGACCGUGGACGACGAGCUCAGGACCGGCUACUUCAACGGCUCGCCGCUGGAGGGCGGCAAGAUCGCUGACUCCGACCCCGUCGACCUCUUCGCCCAGGCGCGACACGUCGCCGACGCCUCGUCGCAGCAGCAGCAGCGUGAUCUGGGGGAGGAGGAGGACGGGAAGAAGGCCGCGGCGGAGGAGCCGCGGGCGCAGGCGCGGCAGGGGAUGGGCGCCGGUGGACGUCAGCUGGGGCGCCAGUAGCUACCUAGCUAGCCGUAGUACUAUAUAUGUCGAUAUAGAGCUACCUAGAAAUAAAAGUUGCCGAGGCCGCCGGCUCGCCGGCCGGCCGGAUGGCCGCUGUUGUAUGUUUUAUGUACCAUCCGAUGUCAACCGUAUGUUGUAUGUUUCCUUAAUAUAAGUCUCUUUUAAAGGUUUA